UCACAAUUAAUCUCCGAACGUGAGCCUGUUGUCCUGCAGAACGCUAUUUCAGUGAGUACAUUCGUUCUCCUGUCUGUCCUGCCUGCAGCAGUCUGUCCUCUUCAUCAUGGCCUCUGGAGCUUUGUUCCCCAGCAUGGUGUCUGGGUCCCGCGGCUCCUCCAGCAAGUACCUGGUGGAGUUUCGGGCCGGUAAGAUGACCAUGAAGGCCAGCACGGUGACCCCUGAUAAGCGCAAAGGACAGGUCUACAUCCAGCAGACCGACGACUCCCUCAUCCACUUCUGCUGGAAGGAUCGGACGACCGGGAAUGUGGAUGAUGACUUGAUCAUCUUCCCUGAUGACUGUGAGUUUAAACGGGUGAACCAGUGCACCACCGGACGUGUGUAUGUUCUGAAGUUUAAAGCUGGCUCCAAAAGACUCUUCUUCUGGAUGCAGGAGCCGAAGACCGACAAGGAUGAGGAGCACUGCCGUAAAGUGAACGAGUACCUCAACAACCCUCCGAUGCCCGGUGCUCUUGGUAGCGGCGGCAGCGGCGGACACGACCUGUCUGCUCUGGGAGGGGAGGGUGGUCUGCAAAGCCUUCUGGGUAACAUGAGCCACAACCAGCUGAUGCAGCUGAUUGGACCAACUGGACUGGGAGGGAUCGGUGGUCUCGGGGCUCUGGCUGGUCCAGGGUUGGCCAACCUCCUGGGCAGCAGCAGCAGCAGCAGCGUUCCUGCAGCCAGUAACUCCACCACAAGUCCGUCCACAGCCGUCACCCCGACCUCCACCUCUACUGCCAGUCGGCUCGGCUCCACCCAGGUGCCCACCACCCCCAUCACUCCCUCCGCCACCUCAGUGGCCUCCCCCACAGCCACCACCCCCUCCACCCCUGCUGUGUCCUCCACCGCGUCUGCAGCGGCGGGGGCGGCCAACCCCACACAGCCCAUCCAGCUGCGAGACCUGCAGAGCAUCCUGGCCACCAUGAAUGUGCCCGCCAGCGGACAGGGAGUGGAUCUUGCCAGCGUCCUGACUCCUGAGAUCAUGGCGCCCAUCCUGGUCAACCCUGAGGUGCAGCAGAGGUUGAUGCCGUACCUGCCGUCCGGAGAGUCCCUGCCUCAGAGCACAGAGGAGCUCCACAACACGCUCAGCUCGCCUCAGUUUCAGCAGGCGAUGAGCAUGUUCAGCAGCGCUCUGGCGUCGGGGCAGUUAGGGCCUCUGAUGAACCAGUUUGGUUUGCCUGCUGAGGCCGUGGACGCCGCCAACAAAGGAGACGUCGAGGCUUUUGCCAAAGCCAUGGAGACGGAGACAAAGUCUGACGAGGACGGAGAGUCCAAAGACAAGAAAGACGAUGAUGAAGACAUGAGUCUGGACUAAAGACUCUCAUUGUUUAUUAUUUAAGGUAUUUAUUUAGUUGCUUCGGCUGUUUUGUAACUAUUGAACAUUAAGGAUAAGAUUAUGGUUAAUAUAGUAGAAACUCUCACUAAGACUCUGCUCCCUCGCUGAUUGUGCCGUGUUCAUCCUCCAAUAGUGUGUAAAACUCAUAAUCUGAUUGAACAUGUAUUCUACCUGCAUGUCAGCUGCAACUCUGAGCUGUCCUAACACAAGGGAACAGUAAAAUAAUGAAACGCC